UACGCGACGCAGAUUAACGGCUGCUGUCCGUCUGCCGGUGUGUUUCUAACGGGCGCGUUACGGUGGAUAUUAUUUGACCGGUUAACGAACCGGUUAACGAACCGGUUAAGGGAACGUCCGUGUUACGCAAUCGUCUCCAAAACCGAGCUGACGCGAGGAUACGCACGUGGUGGUUCUGUUCAGCUCAGUCAGAAGAUGUCCACGGUGUGUGCUGCCAGCAUGGAGCCUGCUGCCGAGCAGAAGAAGCCUCUCAGACCGUGCUGUGCUUGUCCAGAGACCAAGAAGGUCAGGGACACGUGCAUCAUUGAGAAGGGAGAGGAAAGCUGCACGGUCCUGAUCGAGGCGCACAAGGACUGCAUGCGGGCGCUUGGCUUCAAGAUCUAGUCUCCGUCUCCCGUGUGUGUGUGUUGCUGUGCAGGACGGCCCUCUGUGUUUCCUUCCCUCUUCCCUCCCUCAUUUAUACCACCUCUAGUGGUGAAAUGUGGCGAUGCACUUCGGCUCUGAUGGGAUCUGUCCUUUUUUUUUUUUUUUUUUUUUUCUUUCUGUGAAAUUGUUUUUAAAAAAACAAAUUUUGUAAAACGUGUGAAUAUCUUUAAUGUUGAAUAAAAGUCUUA